AUGAAGUACUUUCUUUUACCAACUCAUUUAGCAUUUCUCUAUAGCUUUGCACUAAGUAAACCUGUCCAGAAAGCUACAAGAAACAAUGACUUAGGCAGUGAAAUAGCUGUGUAUGAAGGAGACAUCCUCUUGAGAAGAGGACGACGCAGUGCAAUUAACUGUGAGAGUUGUUUAUGGCCCAAGUCACAAGAUGGACUAGUCAAGGUUCCAAUUAACAUCUCUUCUGAUUUCUCAGUGACAGAGAGGUCUUGGAUUGCUGAUGCUCUGCAAGAGAUCUCCACGCUGACCUGUGUGCAGUUUGUAAAUCGCACUACAGAAACAGACUACGUGUAUGUUGAACGUGGGCAGAGCUGCUGGUCUUACUUUGGAAAAAUUGGAGGGCGUCAAGCAGUAGGCCUGAUGAAAAAUGGUUGCAUGGAUAAAGGAGCAAUUCAGCAUGAAAUGAACCACGCGUUGGGUUUCAUCCAUGAGCAGGCACGGAGUGAUCGGGACAGGUUUGUCAAGAUUAUGUGGGAACACAUUGUGGCAGGGGAACAGGGGAACUUUGGAAAAGUGAAAUCCAAAAAUCUGGGCCUUCCCUAUGACUACUCCUCAGUGAUGCACUACGGCGCGUAUGAUUUCUCCAGCACUCCAGGGAAACCAACUAUUGUACCAGUUCCUGACCCCUCUAUACCCAUUGGGCAGAGAGAAGGGUUGAGUAACUUGGAUGUAGCUAAAAUCAACAAGCUCUACAAGUGCAAUUGCUGCAGUUCUGUGUUGCCUAAAUCCAAAGGUUCGUUCUCUUCUGUCAAUUACCCAUCCCCAUACCCAAACAAUAGCAACUGCCUGUGGUUGAUCCGCAUCCAUCGAAGCAAGAUUUUCCUGCAGUUUGAGGCUUUUGAUCUCCAACCCUCCUCAGACUGUUCUUCUGACUAUAUAAAAAUUUACAACGGAAACAGCAAGAAUUCCCCUGUCUUGCUGGACAAAUACUGUGGGAAGGGGCCGCUGCCCUCCUUAGUGACAUCUGGAUCGACAAUGCUGGUAGAGUUUGCAAGUGAUGGGAGUGUAACAGCCACAGGAUUCAGAGCCUCCUACAACAGGGUGAAUUGUGGAGAUACUUUCACAGACUCAAGGGGAGUCAUCACCUCUCCAAACUACCCCAAUAAAUACCCCAAAAACCGAGCCUGCUUCUGGGUCAUCAGUUCUCCAGUAGGAUACAAGAUAUCUCUCAAAAUGUUAUCCUUUGAACUGGAAGAUAGUGACAGAUGCAUCUAUGACUACUUGCUCAUACAUGAUGGAAGCCGACCUACAUCACCUGCAGUUGGCCCUUACUGUGGGACAGAGGAGGUUGCAGACUUUACUUCCACUGGGAACUUUGUGCUGGUUGAAUUUCACAGUGAUUUAGUUUGGGAGUUGCCUGGAUUUGUGAUGAGUUAUACAUUUGGUAGGUAG